GACACAGCGCAUCGCAGAAGCCCCAGCAGACCACAAAAGACCUAGGAUUAUCAUGCUAGAAGCAGGUGUCGAUGAAGUGGUCCCAGCGGGUAACGCAGAGCAGCUGGAGAGACAUUGCAAAAAACUAGGUUUGGAUGUAGAGCGCAAGGUUAUCAGAAACGCGUUGCAUUCGGGUGUUCUUGCGAAGAGGGAUGGUCAGGUUUUGGUGGCGCAGUUUUUGAGGGAUGAUAGUACAUAGUAGUGGUGGUGGUUAUCUAUGUGUGAUGCAGGCCGAUGAUAACCUUGUCGGAGCGGGCCGUUGUGAACGAAGUCUGCGGGGAAGGCGACUUCAUCUUCUUAUCCUUUUGAUAUCCUUUGUUUGUUGAAGAUUAUUCUUAUAGUCAUAUAAUAUGGGGUUGAAUGAGGUAACUCAGGCCCAAGCGGUCACUGUGAGUCUCCAGGAACUGGUUAAUGGUACCGUUUCCUUCGACACUCUGACAAAAGCUUUUGGUCCCUCUUCACUAGGAAUAAUAGUUGUAAAAGACCUCGAUAUCAAAUUCCAACAACUGCGUUCCGAGGUUCUUUCCAAUGCAUCCUCCCUCGCCGCUCUCCCUGAGGACGAACUUGAAACACUUACCAGCCCAACCGCAAAAUACCUUGUCGGCUGGUCCCGUGGCAAAGAAACUCUCCGCUCCGGCCACUUCGACACCCUGAAAGGCUCCUACUACAUCAAUUGUGCUUUCUACCAAAACUCCUCCCUGCAGUCCGCCCCCACAGACGGCUUCCCUGAUGCAUCCGAGUAUACGACAGACAAUAUAUGGCCGGACACGGAGCGACUGCCACGGUUCCAGGAGAGCGCCGAGGAGCUUUGUAGAUUGAUCAUCGACACUGCGGCGUUGGUGGCUAGGGCUUGUGAUCGGUAUGCGGUGGCGGAGAUUGAGGGGUAUGAGGGGGGUUAUUUGGAGAGGGUUGUUAGGACGAGUUUGACGACGAAGGCACGGUUGUUGCAUUACUAUCCUUCCAAUGAUACUGGCAUCAAUGGCAACCUUGAUAAGGGUGAAGGAGACGGUGAUGACGAUGACUGGUGCGCAACACAUUUCGACCACGGCUGUCUUACAGGCCUCACCUCAGCCAUGUUUCUCAACGAAGCUUCACCCCCACCCAUAACCGAACUCCCCACCUCCCCAGACCCCCGCGCAGGUCUGUACAUUCGCUCGCGAACAGACCAAAUCGUCAAAGUCAACAUUCCCAAAGACUGUCUUGCGUUUCAGACAGGUGAGGCGCUGCAGUCGAUUACGAGGGGGAAGUUCCGGGCCGUUCCGCAUUUUGUUAAAGGGGCUAAAGGGGGAGAGGGGAAGAUCGCGAGGAAUACUUUGGCUGUGUUUACGCAGCCGAAUUUGGGGGAGGUUGUGGAGGCAGAUUCGGGGAAGGUGUUUGGGGAGUUUGCGAGGGAGGUUGUUGAGAGGACUUAUUGAUUCCGUUUGAUUCUAGAGAACAGCAAUUGUAUUGA